AGAAAAUCUAUUUGAAGUACUUUGUAGUGACGUCACGGCUAAAGAUGGCGACGACCAUGUUCGUUUGGAAUCUUGCGUUGGUGCGCAGUUCUUGAAAGUGUCGAGCUGAGAAAAUGUUUUGCGCGUCUAUUUGAAGUUUUUCUCUUGAUAACUAAAUUCUGCUGUUAGACGGCCCAGAAAAGAGAGAGAAGCGUUAUCGGACGUGCACAAAUGAGGGCGCCAUUGUUGGGGGCAGUUGCGUAGUUCGGUUUUUUUUUUUCUGUUACACAUUUCUGUAUCCCGUGUUCACAGGCGUGGAGUUUUGCUUUGGACUUUUUUUUUUCCUUUUUAAAUGGAUAUGGAUGUGCAGAGUGGUGGACUGGCUCCCAGCUCCGGUGGUAUUUUAAACACAGGUGGUAGUAACGUGCCUGCCUUUCUCACGAAGCUGUGGACCUUAGUGGAGGACCCCGAGACGGACUCGAUGAUCUGCUGGAGUCUGAGUGGUAAUAGCUUCCAUGUUUUUGACCAAGGCCACUUUGCUAAAGAUGUUCUUCCAAAGUACUUUAAGCAUAACAAUAUGGCUAGCUUUGUGAGACAGCUUAAUAUGUAUGGCUUCCGAAAAGUGGUCCAUAUUGAACAAGGUGGAUUAGUAAAGCCAGAAAAGGAUGACACAGAAUUUCAGCAUCCAUAUUUUGUCAGGGGCCAAGAGCAUCUUCUAGAGAAUAUAAAGAGAAAAGUCACCAAUGUGUCAAACAUAAAGCAUGAAGAUGUUAAGGUGCGGCAGGAUGAUAUCAGUAAAAUAUUGACUGAUGUUCAUCUUUUAAGAGGGAAACAAGAAAGUAUGGAUUCCAAGCUUAUAGCUAUGAAACAUGAGAAUGAAGCAUUGUGGAGAGAGGUUGCUAGCCUUAGACAGAAGCACGCUCAACAACAGAAAGUUGUCAAUAAGCUUCUACAGUUUCUUAUUUCACUGGUACAGUCUAACAGAGUUUUGGGAGUGAAAAGAAAACUGCCUUUGAUGUUGAAUGACAGCAGCACAGCACAUUCCUUGCCCAAAUAUAGCCGACAGUUUUCACUGGAGCACCUACAGGGAUCAUCUGCAUUUAAUGCCUCUUCUCAGCAGUAUACAGGAACAGAUUUAUAUUCUUCAGAUUCUCCUGUAAAUUCAGGCCCCAUAAUCUCAGAUGUAACAGACGUUGCACAGUCAAGCCCCUCUUCAUCCUCAAAUGUUAGCACAGAUGAAAUAACCUCCCAACCAGUACAGAUAAAAGAGGAACCUGCUAGUCCGGUUCAGACUCCACAAAUAGAAGAAGCCAGCCCGGUAAAUGUUUCUGUAGAAGAUCCUCUCUCACCCACCACCUUUAUUGACUCGAUACUUCAAGAAAAUGUGCCCAGCGAGUCUGCUGCUGGUACCAGUGCAACAGUGACUGAAACGGACUCGGAAGAGAAAUGCCUUAGUGUGGUAUGUCUAGAUAAUUUGACUCAUUCUUCACAGAUGUCAGAAGUCACUUGUGUUGUCCCAAGUCCUUCCUCUUCUUCGCUCUGUCCCAGAGCACAGCAAGGGGGUGAAUUGAGUGACCAUUUAGAAACUAUUGAUUCCAAUUUGGAUAGCCUUCAAGCAAUGCUGACGGGACAGUCUAUCAGCUUUGAUUCCUCACAGAUCUUUGAUAUUUUCGGCUCGUCCUUAUCUCCUCCUGACUUCAAUCUCCCAGAUCUCGACACCAGUCUUGCAAGCAUUCAUGAUUUGUUAUCGCAGGACCAAAAAUCAAUGGAGUCAAAUUCAAAUACCACCGACACAGGAAAGCAGUUGAUCCAGUACACAGCGCAGCCCUUGUUUCUGCUGGACCCUAGCAGCACCGAGGCCAGCGGGGGAGACUUGCCUGUACUUUUUGAGCUAGAAGACGACUCUUACUUCAGUUCUGGCAAUGAUGCCGAGGAUCCCACAGCUUCUCUCCUUUCAGAGACUUACCAGCCUAAAGCUAAAGACCCUGCAUUGUCAUAAACUUUCCAGUUUCCUCAUGUGGCUUGUGCAACUCUCUCUUUAUAUGUAAAAUUCAAUCUUACAUAUUUGUUAGCACCCUUGAAUGAAUGUUUUCUUGACUUGGGAUGAUCUGGCUCUCCGCUGCUCUGACUUUUCUUUUAAGGUUUGCCAAAUAAGGCAUGUGACUUCAACUGAAUGUCUUCCAAAUGGUUGAAAUAUACUUGGGGCGCAAGUGACAGUUUCGUAAAGGAUGCUGCUUCGUGGAUUCGGUAGGUUGACUUCACCACUACAUCGAUGACAUGAAAUACUUGUUCUGAGAUCCCGUCAGGUACUUUCUGUUGUGCUUAAAUGGAGUAUCUGUCUGUCGUCAUAACUGAAUACUCUACUGUGCAUAUAAAGCUCAUUUUGACUUGUAAAUGUUAAUUUGUUGGGUGGGGGGAAGAAAAAAAAUCUGACAGAGACAUGCCUUGAGGAGCUUUACGACAAGAUAAAAACGAUACAAGUUGAUAAAGCUCCUGAUACAAGUUGAUAAAGCUCCUGAAGAAACAGUUUCUUAAGCUACAACGUUUGUAUUGUAGAAAAGAUUUACUUCAAAUAUUCAAUCCUCGACAGAAUACCGGGUCUCAGACUUGACGUACGUGGCUCAUCUGGGUUAUGCUAUUGUAUGGCUUUGAUAUGGGAGGACCAAACAACUGCACUGCCCACCGUGUAUUUAAAGUGAGACGCAGAUUUUUGCUUUGCAUUUGUUAAAGGCCAAAUAUUUGCAGUUUGAAUUGCUCUCUUGGUUUCAGAAUCCACCAAGUUACAAAACGUGACAGCAUUGUUAAAAGGAAAAAAAGAGGUCAUCUUUUUGCUGUAAAUUCUAACUAUUUUCUUAAGUAGUUAACAACAUUUUUCAUGAUAAAUAAGCAACCUUCAUUACCUUUGAACAUGUUGCUUCAAUUGUU